AUGGAUGAAACAAACGAAGAACAGGGAACCAAAGUACAAGUGUAUGUCUACGACAUAUCUCAUGGGCUCGCAAGGGUAUACUCGAGGGCCAUCGUUGGAAUUGAUAUGGAUGCCAUAUAUCACACAUCUGUUGUAAUGGGCGGCAAAGAGUACUAUUUUGAUAGGGAAGGUGCUACUAUAUCACAGGCAGGCAAGACGCGGUUUGGAGUCCCCAUGGAGGUAUUAGAACUGGGUGAGACUUUCAUCCCAGGUGAGAUAUUGGGCGAAUACUUGGAUGAUUUGAAACAGAAUCGCUUCAAGUUCGGUAGUUAUAACUUGUUUCACAACAAUUGUAACCAUUUCACGCAUGAACUACUGCAAUUUUUGAAUGGUACAGAGUUGGAAAAGAGAAUAUUGCAUCUACCUGAACAAGUGCUCUCAUCUCCAAAUGGUGCAUUGAUACAGCAAAUGUUUAACGGUGGAAUCAUGAUGUGA